AAUGUAAAUAACCACAGACGAGUGUAGUGUAGUAGUAGAAGAGAGAAUUGUGUUAAAUAGUGCUCCAACCAGCAGCUUUCUAAAGAAGAUGGAGGAGAGGUUUAAAGUUAGUUUGCUGAUUUAUACUGUGCUGUUGUCACUUCUCAUUUAUCCACAUCACAUCGAUGGAUUUAACCUGGACCUGAAGAACUACACUGUGUACUCUGGACCGGAAGACAGUUACUUUGGUUUCUCUGUGGAUUUUUAUCAGUCAGGCAGUGAAAGUAAAAGUGUAGUGGUUGGUGCACCCAGAGCGAACACUAGUCAGCCUGGGGUCUCUCAUGGUGGAUCUGUAUUCCUUUGUCCUUGGACGUCAACUGGAGAAUCAUGUCAGAUUUUAAAGUUUGACCAAAAAGGUGAUGAAAAUUUCACACGUGAAAAUAAAGUCCUCAUGGCUCACAAGUCUAACCAGUGGAUGGGUGCUUCGGUUCGAACCUACAAUAACUACAUCUUGGCAUGUGCCCCCAUGUUUCACUGGAAUGUGUUAAUGGGAAAAGAGGAAGCCAUGAACACGCCGGUUGGGAACUGCAAGGUUCUGAACACGCAAACAGAAGAUGUGGUGAAUUACUCCCCCUGCAGGGAGCAACAUGUGGAUGCAAUUUAUAAAGGCUAUCCUGAUAGACGUUACUGUGAGGCUGGAUUCGAUGCUGACAUCACCAAGGAUGGCAGAGUGGUACUUGGUGCACCAGGAGGUUUUUAUUUUCAAGGUCAGGUCAUCACUGCACCUCUUCCAAACAUCAUGAUGAGUGGCAGUGACUUCUCUUCAAUCCACUUUGUGACCGGAGAGACCAGAACGUCGCAAAUACGUUACCUCUUCAAAGACUUGUACAAGCAUGAUGUGUACCUGGGAUAUUCUGUUGCUGCUGGGCAGUUCAGUGAAGACAACAUUGCAGAUUAUGUUGUUGGUGUCCCAAAUGACAUGCACACUGCAGGCUCUGUCAACAUAAUAGAUGGUGCCACCUCGCCCCUGCAAACCAUAAAGAGAAUCAGUGGAACACAGGUAGCAUCCUACUUUGGCCAUUCUGUAUCAGUGACAGACAUCAACAGAGAUGGGUGGGAUGACAUCCUUAUUGGAGCUCCGCUCUUUAUGGAGCAACUGUCCACUCAGAAGUUUCGAGAAGUGGGACAGGUGCAUGUAUAUCUGCAAGGAGAGGGUUUCACCUUCUCCUCCAGACCCAACCAGGUUUUGACAGGAACAUACGCCUAUGGGCGUUUUGGCAGUGCCAUAGCCCCUUUGGGAGAUAUCAACCAUGAUGGCUUCAACGAUGUGGCUGUUGGGGCACCUGGUGCUGGUGAAGGGGGGCAAGUUUUCAUUUUCCUGGGUCACAGUGAUGGUUUGGCCACCCAGUAUGCUCAGGUCCUUAAAAGCCCCUUUCAGAACCUCAAAGAUCCAGCAAUGUUUGGUUUCAGUUUGAGAGGAGGCACAGAUAUUGAUGAUAAUGGAUACCCAGAUCUUAUUGUUGGUGCUUGGGGUGUGAGCAAAGUUGCCACUUACAGAGCACAAGCUGUAGUGAGGACACAAGCCCGACUCACUUUCUUCCCUGAUCUUUUGAACCCAGAAGAGAAGUUUUGUCAGAUUUCCCAGAGCAGCACCUUCAUUACGUGCUUUGAAAUUAUGGCGUGCAUUCGAGUAUCUGGUCACAGGAUUCCUGUGGAGAUUGUGCUGAACACAGAGUUGCAGCUGGACAAGAUGAAACAGACUAUGGCCAGACGAACCCUCCUGCUGGAGUCCAACCAGCCGUACGCUCUCUUCCAGCUCUCUGCUCAGAGAAACUCAGAUGUCUGCAGGAAUUUUACUGCCUACCUACUGCCUGAGUUCAAGGACAAGCUUAGUCCAAUAUUUAUCUCGGUGAACUACAGCCUGGCCGAUUCCCAAGAUGCGGUGCUGCACGGACAAAGUGUCGUCGUCGGACAGACGCGCAUAAUACUAGACUGUGGUUCUGAUAACAUCUGCAUCCCGGACCUGAAGUUGAAGGCAGUGGCGUCAACAGAAACGAUCCUGAUUGGAGAUGAGAAUCCAGCGCUGCUGAUUGUAGAGGCAGAAAAUCGAGGCGAAGGAGCUUACGAAACCGAACUGUGCAUCACCCCGCCGCCUCACACGCACUACCAGGGUGUUUUGAGCGACCGGGAGGACUUCAGUCCGUUGGUGUGCGGUCAGAGGAAGGAGAACGGGUCAGUGGUUGUCGUCUGUGAUUUGGGCAACCCAAUGAAGGCCGGACAUCAGCUGAAAGCAGGUCUCUACUUUAGCAUGGGAGGACUUGAACAGGUGGAGAGCCACAUCACCUUUCAAAUGCAAAUUAAAAGCAAGAACAGCCAGAAUCCAGACAGUAACCUGGUCCAGUUGCAGGUUAAUGUGAUUGCUGCGGCUUCCCUGGAGAUGCGUGGAGUAUCUUCUCCUGUUGACUGUGUCCUGCCUAUUGCUAAAUGGGUGACAAAGGAUUAUCCAGAAGACUUGGAUGAAGUCGGGCCACUUGUAGAGCAUGUUUAUGAGUUGAGGAAUAUGGGACCUAGUCCUGUCAACGUUAAUCUUAAACUGGAGUUUCCCGUUGCACAAAAUGGAUCCUAUCUGCUGUACGUGUUUGCUAAUGCCUCUGUAGAUCUCCUCUCCUGUCAAACAGACUACUUCAACAUUGAUCCACGUAGGUUAGUGAAGCUGGAGUCUAGCAACAGCACUGUAGCCGAGGUUCAUCAUUUUAACAAACGUGACCUGGCACAAAAACCAGAUAAUGAACAGCCGUGGCAACAGAUUGUCCAUGUGAAUUGCUCGAAUGGUGACCAGUGUAUUGUGUUUGACUGUAAAGCUGUUGGACUGCAGAGAGAUGAAAGAGCCAUAGUGAGGGUGAUGAGCAGGCUUUGGGUGCAGACCUUCCUACAGAGACCCUAUGUAAAUUAUGUUCUUCACUCCACGGCACAGUUUGAGGUGGUAGACGUGCCCUCAAAGGUCCAGCCUGCCAUAUUGCCCAGAGGAAACACAACAACAUAUACAAAUAUAGUAUGGAGACGUCCAGAUGGACAGGAGGAGGUGCCUGUGUGGUGGAUUGUGGUGUCAAUCAUUGCUGGACUGGUUUUGCUUGCUGCACUGAGCAUCAUUUUCUGGAAGGUGGGUUUUUUUAAGCGCAACCGUCCUCCGUGCGAUGAUGAUGAUGAUGGUGAUGAAACACAGCAACUGAGUGGAGACCAGAAUGAGACGUGAUUAGACAACUGGGGCAUUUAUAUUGCUUUAAAGCAUUUAAAAGUCUUUUUUUCUGCUUUUCAGUGUUCUCUUUAAGCCAUUACCUUAAUCCUAAAUGUGCAAUGAUUUUGUGCUGAUUACAUAUUAAAUAAAAAUUUUAUAUUAUCACUCUAGAUAAUUGUCGUUCUUUAGUAGUUCUGUAAUUAAACAUGUUUGGUUCGUGGGUCAAUGACGUGAAAGUAAUUAUUUUGUGU